UGAGAAAACAAAAAGUAAUCAUGGAAGAUGUCACACGCUUUGGAAUAAAAACAAUCUUAAUUUUCAUAUUGAUAUGUGGAUACCUUCUCGGAUUGUUGUUAUUUUGUAUUCAGAUGGUGACUUCGUUAUCUGAAGCACAGCGCCUUGAAGCAAUAGAUGCGGUGGUUGCUCAUCAUGAUCAUUUGAGUAUUGGUGGUAUUGCUCUAUGCCCCUUUUGUUUGAUAGCUUCCUCAUAUCUUCGGUUGGGCAAUAUUCUUACCACUUUGACAAAGAUCGAUUUUUCCACAGAUGUAGUUCACAUAUUUAACUGGAGAUUGAGUGACAAUAGAGAUGUCGCAUUUCUAACUUUCGAUCAGUUUAGAGAUAACGUAUUUGCGCCCAUUAAGCCAUACUGGCAGGUAUUGUCAAUUGGCGUUCUGACGUUGGCGUAUUUCUACAUUGGUUACAAUUGUCUUUUCAAACACAUGAUGGAUGAAACCGAAUUUACAGGAUAUGGUGACAACGAAUGCAUGUCUACAAAGCCCAUCGUAAGCUUCGACGGAGUUACUACUAACACAAAAAGGCGGCUAGCCAUGGAGGAGUUAACCAUAGAAUUAUUAAAGGGAAACAUACCAUUUUGUUCUCAUAGCUCCAACUUAAACGAUAUCACAAUAGACAAUGUAUUUCUAGGAUGUCUUGAUAUGGCUCUGGAUUUGAGAAAGCAUCAAACUUAAUAGCGUACACAUAUACAUAAAUAAAAAAUAACUAUAUAAUACUCAGUAUGGUCGAAAUAAACAAAACGCACAAAAAAAACAUUUUAA